UUUCGGUCGUGCUCGUUGUCAUAUUACAGUUUCAAUUAUAUUCCUGGAUAUGUUUUCCUCUAUUCAUGACAGUUUCAUGUGACCAUGUCAUAUACUUCGGGCCGGAUAGUUAUAGCUGCUUUUAGUUUUUGGUCUUGAGACCGGAUAGUGUUAAAAGACCACGUUGAACGAAUUGCGAUUAUCCCACUGACGACCUGCACUAAUCUAUCAAGUGGUAUGGUGGUCCACUUCGACGAUCCUGAUCCUCUUUAUCCUCUUCCUCCUCUUAAUGAGAUACCGGACGAUGAUGCUGACAAGCCAAAUGACACGUACAAGCUGACUGCGACGUCGAAUGGCUUCCCUGCGGUCAUCUUUGGUACUGCUACGUUUUCCCGCAUCUAUAACGAAGCCGAUCAUAUCUCCGGAGUAACACCAUUACGGGCUGCCAGACUGGCUCUACGCUAUGGUAUGAAUGUAUUCGAUACUGCGCCAUUUUAUGGGGAUGCCGAGAUCAUUCUCGGGAACGCUCUUCGUGCUUUGGGGCGUGAAUUCCCUCGUGAUUCGUAUACGUUGGUCACCAAAGUCGGCCGCUAUCCUACCGAAUUCGAUUAUACCCCUGAAGCUAUCGAAAGCAGCAUCGCGCGCAGUCUUCGGCGCUUGCAUACCAACUACUUUGACAUCGUAUACUUGCAUGACGUCGAAUUCAUUGCGGACGAAAAACUCGCGAGAAGAGGAGGAAACCAUGUUGCUGCUCUGGGAGAAGAGAGGGAACAAUAUGGCUUGAAUGAAAGUCAGGAGGGCGAGGCUUAUACGGAAAAGGAUCAUAAAGUUUUGUCCGCUGUGAAGAAGCUUUUUGAGUUGCGAGAUGAAAAAGGUGUUAUUAAGCGAGUCGGGAUCAGCGGCUUCCCACUUCCGACCCUCCUGCGCAUCGCAAUUCUCAUCCAGAAGCGCCUCGGGAAGCCGGUGGACCUCGUGAUGUCCUACUGCCACCUCACCCUGCAGAAUAGCACGCUCGAGCAAUUCAAAUCUGCAUUCGGGGCACGCGCAGGAGUGAAGCAAGUUAUCGCCGCCUCGCCGAUAGCCAUGGCUCUCUUGCGACCUUCGCGUUCUCUGGACUGGCACCCGGCGCCACUCGAGAUUAGAGAGGCUGCGCAGAGGGCCGCGCAGCUCAGUCAGGAGUGGGAUGCGUCUGAGACUGGUCUUCCUGACUUGGCGCUGCAGUACACGUUUGCGCGGGCGAGGGAGAUCGGGGUGCCCGUUGCGGUAGGGCUUAGCACGCUUGAGGAGGUCCAUGCGAGUGUAAAGGCUUGGCAUGAAGUGGAUGCUGAGGGGUUGACGACGAAGGAAGAGUGGGUUGCUCGUGUUAAGACCGUGCAGGACCUGUUCAGGGAUGUGCAAAUGCUGGACUACUCUUGGGCGACACCUUAAUUUAAGUUGGCGAAGGCGAGUAUCAUGUACAAUUAAGUUUGCGAGGACAGUAGUUGAUAAAGCAAAUGUCAUUUGAACUGAUACAAACAAAACAACUACAGUUACUGGUGUGAUUCAAACAUGACCGCGCAAAUCACCGUGUCUUGAUAAUUCCUGCGUUGAUGAGUUUCAUAAUCUUCUGGCGUACGACAGGGUUUUUCAUGUGAUCUUGUAAUGCGCCAGGGUUACCUUGCGCUUGCUGCAGAAUUUGCUGCAUCACGGGGUCACCCAUG